AUGUGGUUUGAUCGUGAAUUGUUAUGUUUUGAAGCAUCCAGGCCUUGCAAGGGUUACUACUCAGCCAAUGUUCUUAAAAACGGUCGGAUUUUGGUUAGCAAAAAAGGUUCAGCUUCUGAUGACUCUAUAUGGUUCCUCGAGGUGGAUAGUCCUUUUGUUCGGAGACAAAGUAAAUUGCUGGGAAAAGAGUACCUCGAGCGUGGCUCAAAGGUCCAUUUCUCUGAUAAAACUGGUACGGAGAAAGAAAUCACAGACGGGACCAGCAUUGAAUCCGUGGUCAUGAGAUGCAUUCUUGACAUUAAUGUUCAAGGAGCAAUGCAUGUGAAGGCGAGUUCUCUAUAUGCGAUAUUUAUACUCGUAUGUCCUCCUUUGGUGAAGGAACUUGAAGAUCGACUAUGUGCCAGUGGAACCGAGACAGAGGAGCAGAUUCAAAAGCGGCUUAGAGACGCUGAAGCAGAGAUCACCUAG